AUGACGCAGACCUUCAACGUUGCAAUCAGCUACCCCUUACCCGCUGAAAUGACGCUCAAGGAUGUCAAACGGGUGAUCCGAAGCUUAGGUGGGACGUUCCACAAACGGGACUUCGCGACGGCUACCGUCUUGUGCAUCUCUAAGGAUCUAUAUCGAGAUCUUUAUCAUACCAGCCUCGAGAUAGAACAGCAGGGAGGGUCUGUUGUCUCCUUCGACUGGCUUGAGGAUUCAUAUCAGGCGGGCUAUUUUCUGGACCCCCUUGAAUAUCACCUUUCUCAAGAACGAUGGGUCCUGUGUGAGGAAGAUGAAGAGAGUAAAGAAGAUGGUGAAGAAGAGAGCGAAGAAGAGAGUGAAGAAGAGAGUGAAGAAGAGAGUGCAGAACAAAGUGAAGAAGAAAGUGAAGAAGAGAGUGAACAAGAGAGUAGAGGAGAGAGUGAAGAAGAGGAAGAGAGUGAGGACGAGAGUGACGAAGAGAGUGAGGAAGGGAGUCAGGAAGGUGAGGACGAAAGUGAAGAAGAGAGUGAGGCACAGCGUGUGGAAUACAGUGAUACUAUCGCUGCAUUAUUUGGUAUGUUCCGCUCUCUCUUGCUGACAGCGGUCGAGCAAGAGAGAGAGAGCGAGAGUGAGGCACAGCGUAUGGAAUACUGUGGUCAUAUCGCUGUCUUACUCGGUAGUUUCGACAUUCUCUUGAUGAAAGAGGUCGAAAAAGAGAUGGAAGGCAAGAGUGAGGCAGAAGUUGAGGAAGAGAGUGAGGAGAGUGAGGAAGAAACGACUGCUACUCGAUUCGACCCCAGAAGGCCUUUGUAUAACUGUGGCAUUGUCAUAGCCGACAAGUCCCCCUAUCUGACCCAGGCGCAGCUCGUGGAAGAAGUUGGUCAUCUUGGAGGGGUAUUAUUACCUAGUAUUUCGGCGGAUACUACUCAUCUUGUGGCCUCACCAGCGAUUUACAACAAGCUCCCACAAGCUGUCUUCUCGCGGUUCCCCAACGUCUCCUUUGUCAACCAUGAUUGGCUAGACGCCUGCUCGCAACAGGGGUCUCUAGUAGACGUUGGUCCGUACAUACACGACAGACUGGCUGAAGACGAGAGCGAAGAGGAGGACGAAGACGAGAGCGAAGACGAGAGCGAAGACGAGGAUGAAGACGAGAAAAAGGACGAGGAUGAAGACGAGGGCGAAGACACAGACAACCCGAGUUGUGAUUCUAGAGAAAAGAUUAGCUGA